UAAAAAAGUGGGCUCCUCCACGCACAGUCAGCAGUCCGUGAACGCAUCACCCCCGGCGCGCGUCUCGCUGCCCCGCGUCAGUUACGCUGUCCAGUGCUGCGCUUCCAUCCCUGCGCCCAUGUGUUGAGCCCGCUGCGGUCGGAGACAGUUCGCCAUGUCCACCGGGUCUCUCAGCGACGUCGACGACGAGCUCCUGGACGGCAUCCUGAAGUUCGGCUCCUCCGGCAAAGACUCCAACGAGAGCACGACGGAGGAGGAGGAGGAGGAGGAGGAGGAGGAGAGCUCCAACUGCGAGGGGCCUUGCGCAAACGACGGGCGGAGGAAGGCGCCCGGCAAGAAGAGGAAGACAGCCUCGCGGAAGACGGCGUCCAGUAAGGGCGAGGCUCCGCAGGAGGGCAAGCAGGUGCAGAGGAACGCGGCCAACGCCCGGGAGAGGGCCCGGAUGCGCGUCCUGUCCAAAGCCUUCUCCCGGCUGAAGACCGCCCUGCCCUGGGUACCCUCGGACACCAAGCUCUCCAAGCUGGACACGCUGCGCCUGGCGUCCAGCUACAUCUCGCACCUCCGCCAGAUACUGGCCAACGACAAAUACGAGAAGGGAUAUAUCCACCCUGUGAACCUGACGUGGCCUUUCAUGGUCGCGGGUAAACCGGAGAACGAGCUGAAGGAGAUGCUGAACACAACGAGGUUAUGCGGAACAACGGCGUCCUGAUGCAGCCGCGGACGCACACACACACGCACACACACACACACACACACACGCGUUGUCAAGGGAACAAUGGUUUUCCAAGAAGGAUGGAGAAGAAGAAAAAGAAAAGUGACUGAAAUGCGCGUCUCAUCUCUGCAGACUUCCGAGUGGGAAUACUGGAGGGAGUGUUCGACUCUCUCCUUACUCGUUCCCGUAUGAAUUUUUAUUUAAAAAAAAUGCAUUACCCCUCUCAUUGUUGUCUUUGCUGGUUCAAAGAUAAUCCGCGUGCAUUAAAUAGCUUCUUUCUUCUUCUUCCUCUCUCUUUUUUUUUUUUAAUACCCUGCAGAUCCUUUUUUCUUUCAUUUUGUUCUUUCUAUUCGUGCAGACCUGUUUUGGCAGCUGCAAUAUGACGGAUGCCACGUGCGCACGAUAUCCGUCCACUGUCUCCAAAGGUUGUACAGAUUAAAUGUAUAUAAAUAUAUAUUUGUAUCA